AUUAUAAAAUACUCUAAUUGGGUAUUAGUUGGAUUAUUUUUUAUCAAUAUUGUUGACGCAGUGAUAAGUGAUGAGAAUAAUAAGUUUAUCGAUAAUACAUUUCAGGAAUAUGAAUCUCUGACUAUUAAUGAACGCAAUUCAAUGAAACUUCCAGGAUUAAAGCGUCCAUUUUGUAAUGCAUUUACCGGAUGUGGAAAAAAAAGAAAUUAUAUCGACAGUAGUUAUGAUACAACAGCCAAAAAUGAUGUCAAUGAUUCAACGAUAAAUAUUCCGCUAAAAUUGUAUCAGAUUUUAAUGAAUAAUUUGAAUUUGAAAAUACAACAAGUGGCUAAACACAAAAAUUAUAGAGAUAGUAUUAAUACCAAUGAUGAGGAUUAUAUUUAUUCUCCAAUUCAUAAAGAACCUAUACGAAAACGAUACAAUUUUUGA